CUCGGGGGGUUCCCGGGGGGUUCCCGGGGGGCUGGUGGCUCCGGUAACGCUGUCUCGUUCUCUGCAGCCGCCGCCAUGGAGCCCGCGCCCGGCCCGCAGGAGAAGUAUCACCUCAUCACCCGCAACCUGCAGGAGGUGCUGGGGGAGGAUAAGCUCAUGGCUAUCCUGAAGGAGCGAGAGUUGAAGAUCUACUGGGGGACCGCCACCACAGGCAAGCCGCACGUGGCCUACUUCGUGCCCAUGUCCAAGAUCGCAGACUUCCUGAAGGCAGGGUGUGAGGUGACGAUACUCUUUGCUGACCUCCAUGCUUACCUAGACAACAUGAAGGCCCCCUGGGAGCUGCUGGAGUUGCGCACCCGCUAUUACGAGAACGUGAUCAAAGCCAUGCUGGAGAGCAUUGGGGUGCCCCUGGAAAAGCUGAAGUUCGUCCGGGGCACUGACUACCAGCUCAGCAAGGAGUACACGCUGGACGUGUACCGCCUCUCGUCUGUGGUGACGCAGCACGACGCGAAGAAGGCGGGAGCAGAGGUGGUGAAGCAGGUGGAGCAUCCCUUGCUGAGUGGUUUGCUCUACCCCGGCCUGCAGGCCCUGGACGAGGAGUACCUCAAGGUCGACGCACAGUUUGGAGGAGUCGAUCAGAGGAAGAUAUUCACCUUUGCAGAGAAGUACCUUCCUUCCCUGGGCUAUGCCAAGCGCGUCCAUUUGAUGAACCCCAUGGUUCCUGGCCUGACAGGCAGCAAAAUGAGCUCGUCGGAAGAGGACUCAAAGAUUGAUCUUCUGGACCGCAAGGAGGAUGUGAAGAAGAAGUUGAAGAAGGCUUUCUGUGAGCCAGGGAACGUGGAGAACAACGGUGUCCUGUCCUUCAUCAAGCACGUCCUCUUUCCCCUCAAGUCAGAGUUUGUGAUUCUGCGAGAGGAAAAGUGGGGAGGCAACAAAACCUACACAGCCUAUGACGCCCUGGAGAAGGACUUUGCUGAGCAGGUUGUGCAUCCCGGAGACCUGAAGAACUCGGUGGAAGUGGCCUUGAACAAACUGCUUGACCCCAUCAGAGAGAAAUUCAAUAGCCCGGAACUGAAGAAGCUGACCAACGCAGCGUAUCCCAGCCCCUCCAAAGCCAAGCCUGCAGAGAAGGGCACCAAGAACUCAGAGCCAGAGACCGUGGUCCCAUCCCGGCUGGACAUCCGUGUUGGCAAAGUGAUCAGUGUGGAAAAGCACCCGGAUGCUGACAGCCUCUAUGUGGAGAAGAUCGACGUGGGCGAGCCUGAGCCCCGCACCGUGGUCAGUGGCCUGGUGCAGUUCGUCCCCAAGGAGCAGCUGCAGGACAGGCUGGUGGUGCUGCUUUGCAAUCUCAAGCCCCAGAAGAUGAGGGGUGUGGAGUCACAGGGCAUGGUGCUGUGUGCCUCCAGCCUCGGGGAGCCACGGCAGGUGGAGCCCCUGGACCCGCCGGCCGGGUGCUGCGCCGGGGAGCGUGUCUUUGUGGAGGGCUACGAGGGUGGCGAGCCCGACGACGAGCUCAAGCCGAAGAAGAAGGUCUUCGAGAAGCUGCAGGUGAGGGGUUGCACCAGGGGGCUGAGCCACAGCUCAGAGUAGUUGG